AUGGGUGCCUCGGAGUCCAAGCUGGUCUUCAAGCAGGGGAUUUUCCGUCUGUCAGAAGAGAGGGAUAUUCCUGGUGAUGAUCCGUACUGGGCAAGGUUCUGGGAGCUCCCCGAGUCGACGGAGGAUGUCUUCAGCCUGUUCACCCCGGCCGAUAUCCGGCGGACUCGCGAUCAUGCCAUUAUGAAUUUCGAAACGCUCUUGUUAUCGGUGACGUCUCGUUUGAUGAUUCUGAAAAACCACCCUUCCUUCCCGGAUCCCGAACUUGCUCCCGACCGUGACGCUCUCAACUGCAUUCGCAUCCUUACCCGCAUCCUCCCCUUCAUUUACGAGGCCGACUAUCUGGAAGAAUGGGAAGACAAAUUUUUCUGGGGUCGUCGCAGGAGAAAGACGAGGGAGGCUCAGGUGGCGGCCGAGGUGCUCUUUGAUGAAGCCCAGGCGGAGGAGACGCGCGAUCAACCCCGAGCCAGCGAGUACGAAGACAAGAAACCUUUGGCAGAAGAAUUGAUCGAUACUUUGUUGGAUCUUCUCUUUUUCACCGACUUCACCAUCCCGAAGCUGCCGACGGCGACAAACAAAGUUUCGUAUUCCAUCUGGCAGAGUGGUGUUGGGUGCAAUACUUCCAUGGGCUCUAGCAAAGAACUGGAGAGCAAUCGCUGUGAGGUUCUUCGGCUAUUGCUGACUAUAACAGGGAAGGCUAUGUAUAUGCCUUCUGGAUUACUCCCCGUGCAAGGCGUGAAAGCCAUUACGUACAUCACGACGUCCUCCGACAAGCAAGCGGUGCUGACCUUGCUUUGCUCCCUGCUGAACACGGCUGUCAAAUACAACCCUGCUUCCUGGCGAGUCCCAUAUGAUCACGUUGUGUGGAAAGACCCGAAGCAAAUAUUGGUCAUAUACUGCCUGCAGUUUCUUCUUGUCCUCCUGUUAUAUCCAGUUCCCGAGGAUGGACGUGGCAGUCCGCCCAAGAAUUACCACCGCCAUUACUUUGGAAGGCUUCACCGGCCGCAGGAUUUCCAAUUUCUUGUUGACGGCAUGACGAGAAUUCUGAACCAGCCCAUGCAAGCGACAAAUUCUUACCUCCCUGGUAGCCAGAAAACCGUCAAAUGGGCGCCGGAGAUGUUGAUGCUCUUUUGGGAAGCCCUGCAAUGCAAUAAACGGUUCAGGUCGUUUAUCAUUGAUUCGAAGCGGUCGCAUGAUUUCAUUAUCCUCUGCAUAUUCUACGCCAUAGAAUACAAAUCUGACCCAUCCAAACAAGGCAUGGUUCGAAUGUGCAUCUUCAUCCUCCAGACUAUGAGCGUUGAGCCCAACUUUGGGAAGAGCUUGAACGUGAAGUUCGAAGCCCAGGAAACUCUUCCUCCCAGCAUUCGCAUUCCGGGAUUCAAAGGGUCCUAUGCCGACUAUCUUAUCAUGUCCGUGCAUACUUUGAUUACCGGAAGCAAAGGCAAUCUAAAUGCUGUCUACCCGGCGCUGCUCGCAAUCAUCAACAACAUCGCGGCCUACGUAGAGAACCUGUCGCCAGCGGCAUGUUCGAAACUAUUGCAGCUCUUCGCAUCGAUGUCCGCACCUAGUUUCUUGCUCGCCAACGAGUCAAACCACGGCCUUCUUUCAUCCGUCCUAGAAUCUAUCAACACGAUUCUGGAGCAUCAGUUUACCAAAAACCCCUUCUUGGUUUACGUCAUCCUGAAGCACCGACGACGCUUCGAGGCAGUUCGGGAGUUUACACUCGAGAGCGGACAGCAAGAAAUCGAACGCCAGAAUGAGAGACGAAAGGCGGAGAAUAGUUCCAACGAGGCCGUGUCUAGCCCCGUCCUGUCGGCGUCAGAAGAAGACCCUCACGCUUCUUCCGGCGCGCGAUCGCCGUUGGGUCGCAUCCCCGAAGAAAACAGUCCUUUCGCUAUAGGCGGAGAUGACGAUUCUGAGGACGAGCAAGAAGGACAAAAAACACCGGCACAUACGUCUCCAUCUGUCCAGAGCUCGCGAAGACCCUCCAUCUCUUCCGUCGUGGAUGAAAGUGUCCCUCUACAGUUACGAGGCAUGUCGGAGAAGGCCAGAGGAAAGAUGCCCGCCGGCCAGCCAGCAUUUUCUCGGCAAAAUAGUAUGACUAGCCAAAGCAGCAUGUCAGCGGCACUCUUGACAUCUCCCAACGGGUUCACGCCGACUGCAGCGUGGCUCGAGUCCUGGUUGCCAGAACUUCCACUACACACGAUCCUGACUCUCAUCUCGGCCAUCACGCCUCACAUCCCCGAAUCUGCUUUCCAAGCGUCUUCAAGCCCGGAGGCCCGCACCCUGAUCGACAAUCUGCCUUCGUUUGCCGAAGACCCGGCCAUUCACAACAUUAUAUCCGAACCUGCUCCGGUGCGUGUCCAUUCAUUCGAAUGGUCGGCGCUCUCCAUGGGCUGGUAUGAGUCCUUGCUCUGGGGAUUCAUUUUCUCGAGCGAGAUGGUCGUCGGCUCCGCGUCGGGCGCAACCCCCGGCACCGUUGGAGUGUGGAACGGAACUGGGAUUAAACUGUUCAAGGUCCAGGAGGCUGCAGCCCAGGGGCCCACGUUGCUUGCGCCGAAGGGGGCGGUGGAUGCCGUUGGAAGCAACCUGGUGCAGCGGAUUGGGAACCUCAGUCUUCGACGCACGAGCACGCAGGACUCACAGGCCAACUCUCGGCCAGCGUCGAUUCGAGAAGUCUAACUAUUUUCUUUCUCCCAAGCGCUCACUCCAUCUCUGCUGGUCGAACUGGGGUGUAUUCGUGUGGUUCCAAGAACAUAGCUUGAUUUAUAAUGAUUUCCUUCGUCUACAUGAUACCUGAUAGGCGUUUUGCAAUUGAGACGAUACUUUUUGUGCUCUUUGGUCGGACAUGGCCUACCUGGGCGGGCUUUCCGUUUGAUUUUAUUUCGUUUCAAUUCGUUUCCUUAUCACACUAUUCUUUUGCAUGCUCAAUUGUUCAACCGCUAUCCUAGUAGACCAUAGCCCUAGUAAAUUCCAUAAUAUAUUAGAGACC